AUGAUGGCAACUACUUAUAUCAACGGAAACCCUAUAGAGCCAAUAGCUCUGCAAUCCGAAUGUGAUGCGUCAGAGUCAAAUUACAUACUUAUUGAAACUAAAGAAAGUCCUCUCGAUGGAGGUGAGAAGAAGGAACUUCAGAACAUUGGUGUCCAUAUCCAUGAGUUUGUUGGAGAUGAAUCUCGAAAUAUUUACCUUUGUGGCUACGAGCCAGAAGACCUAGCACGCAUUCGCGCACUCGAUUUCGUCAAGUACACCAGCAUUUAUGGCCAAGAUCUCGUGACUCAGCCAGAAGCUCAAAGCCAAUAUCCUUCAAAGAGAACGGCCAAGAGAGCUGUAGAUGUCAUGCUACAUCAUGAUGUAGUGCUCUCGGACUCGCUCAUUCAGCAAAUAGCCGACGCAGCGAAUGUUAAUGUGUCGGCAAUCGCACGCCAUCAAGGCAAAGUAAGGCUUAGUGUCACCCAGGAGGAGCUCUCUAAAUUGGCUGCGAUUGAUGCCGUGAGGUCCAUCAAGAAAAUCUAUUCAGCGAGACUGUUUAACAACAUCGCUCGUGGAAUCAUGAAUGCAAACGACGUGACUGUCAAUGACACCAUAUGCAAAGGAGAAGGGCAAAUAGUUGCAGUCGCGGACACUGGGUUUGACAACGGUAGCAUUACCGAUGUCCAUCACGCUUUCGAAGGUCGAUUCAUUAAGCUAUAUCCCCUUGGACGGGAAGAUGCGCCAGACGAUCCUGACGGGCAUGGAACCCAUGUGUGCGGUUCAGUGUUGGGUUCUGGUCAUUCGAAUAUUGAGGGAAAGGUUGAAGGAGUCGCCCCAGGGGCCGACUUGAUCGUUCAAUCUCUGUUGGCUGACGACGGGUCACUUGGAGGAAUUCCGGAUGAUCUCAAUUGUCUGUUUGGUACGCCGUAUGAAGAUGGUGCUAGAGUCCAUACAAAUUCGUGGGGCUCUGGGCCGCUUCCAGGUUCUUCAGAAACCCAGUUACCUUAUACACAAGACUCAGAGGAAAUAGACUCUUUUGUCUGGAACCACCAAGACAUGGCCGUCUUGUUCGCGGCAGGGAAUUCUGGCACUGACAGCGACCGGAAUGGAGGGGUGGAUUCCAGGUCCAUUGGAGCAGAAGCUGCAGCAAAGAAUUGCAUCACCGUGGGUGCCUCCGAGAAUAGGCGGCCGAACGUUAAAUACCGUGGACAAAGCUUCCGAUUCAGUUAUACGUACGGCGAUUUUUGGCCGAACGACUUCCCGGUGGGUGCCAUCGCCGAUGACCACAUGGCUAAUGACCCCAACAACCUGGCCGCUUUUAGCAGUCGUGGACCAACAGUAGAGGGCAGACUGAAACCCGAUGUGGUAGCACCGGGUACAGCCAUCUUGUCGACGAGGUCUCGAAAACUGCCCGACACCGGCAUUCCCGCUGAGUUUGGAUUGUCGGGCGAUACGCGGUUCAUGUACCUUGCAGGCACUAGCAUGGCAUGUCCGCUAGUGGCCGGAAGCUGCGCCGUUCUCCGGGAAUGUCUGACGGAGAAUAGUUAUCACGACAAGAAGAACGGGGUGGUUCAGCCGACGGGGGCGCUUUUGAAAGCCCUCUUGGUUAAUGGGGCGGUUUCAAUUGAUGGGGAGCACCUACCGCCCAGUACCAACAGCUCGCCAAAUAACCAUUCGGGCUUUGGCCGUGUUGAUCUAGAUGGCUCCAUUAUACGACCAGACGAGCAUGAGUUGGCGGGUUUCGGUGUCGGUGUCAUGGGGGAUGAGGAUUCAAGUCUAAUGCAUUUGGCAGAUAUCCGUCCGCCGGUUGUCCAUUUGCCAGAUGGAGAGAUGUCUUCAAUUACCCUGAAAGUAACGCUGGCCUAUUCGGAUUUUGCAGGUGCCAAACUUCAGAACAACCUUAAUCUCGUGGCAAGGAUGGGCGACGUUGAGCGCCACGGAAACCAGGGAGCCAAAAACUACGAGACGGGAUCGCAUAAUGGUUUCGACCCUGCCAACAAUGUCGAGCAGAUAGUUUGGGAACAUGUCACCGGCAUCAUUACAAUCUCCAUUAGCCGCAAUCGUCUUACAAGUUCUCAUCAGCCAUUUGCUUACGUCUGGAGGCUCAUUCCCCAUUAA